AUGGUUGUCAAUGGAAUUUCUCCUGAUGUUUUUACCUAUAAUACUCUAGUUUAUGGCUUUUGCUUAGUGAAUCAGUUAGAAGAAGCUUUUGGUUUCAUCAAUGAAAUGCCAUCAAAUAGCAUGAUGCCAGAUGUUUAUACCUAUAAUAUAUUGAUUGAUGCAUUAUGUAAGCAAGGAAAGCUAAGAGAAGCCAAGAAUGUGUUGGGUGUGAUGGUGAAAGCUUAUGUGAAACCUGAUCAUUUUAGCUUUAAUGCUUUAACGGAUGGGUAUUGCUUCGUUAAUCAAUUGAAGAAUGCAAAACAAGUAUUCAAUGCAAUGACCCAUAUGAGAGUGAGUCCUAAUGUUUGUAGCUACACUACGAUGAUAAAUGGACUAAUAAGGAACGAUAGGAUGGAUGAGGCUAUAAAUCUCUUUCAGGAAAUGCAACAGAGGAAUAUGGUUCCUGAUACAGUAACUUACACUACUCUUAUCGAUGGUUUUUGCAAAUCUGGGAGAAUAGCUUAUGUUUGGGAUCUUAUUGAUGAGAUGCAUGAUAGAAAUCAACAACCAAACACAAUCACUUACAGUUGUUUGUUAGAUGCUUUAUGA